AUGAUAAAAGAUCCCAGAAAACUACACGAAGAACUUCAACUCCAGCAACUUGAUCAGUUGGAAUCACACAUAAAUGUUAACGAACGUCUUCUUCACCAAAUGUUAUGGUUUGGUGAUUACAGUUAUUACAGUCACCGUCUCAUAUACCAUAAAGACACUUUAAAAAUCGAAACUCCAACGUUUGCAGAGAAUGAACAAGGGUAUGCUUGUGCCAUUCUCUCAGUCCCUCUACAAUCAUUUUCCGUUAGAAUUAUUCAAGGAAAAGUUAAUAUCGGCUUCGUCACUUACACCAAAGAUUUCCCACUCGAUAACAACUUAACUCAACAAGCAGAUGCCAUUCGUGUUGUAUUUGCUGAUGGAACGUUUGUUGGACCCGAGUAUGAAAUCAAUCGACCUAAAGCUGACUUCGACUUAACAAGUGGGGUGAGGACUGUUUCUUUAAAUAGUGAAGACUACACCAUAUCAGUUUCCGACCAAACAACUUCAAUCGUCGGAUUUAAGAAUGUGAAUACUAUUGGACUCUUCCCAAUCAUCGCUCUUAAGUCAGGUACUGUUAUUCAAGUGCUUUAA